AUUUGAUGACUUGAAUUUUGCCCUUCAUGAAAUUUCGAGAUCGAAGUGAUAUUGGAGGAAUAUUCACUUAGAAAAAUGAAUCAAAUUGUGAAAAUGUCGCCUUUUAGGCAAUUAACGCGUAAAUUCCAUACGUCUAAAACCUUACGCGAUCUUCCCUUGGAUCCUAUUAAACCUAUGGAUGACUUCGUCUCCGAGAAACAUAUUAAACCGUUGAUUCCUUUGUCUUAUUUCUUAACUUUUAUCGCUAUACCGAUCGGAAGUGCGUAUAUGUGGUACGAAGAAUACCAACACUUGUUCGUACACAAAUCACGUCCCCCAUGGCCCAAACACGAUUUCUUGAACUCUCAACAAAGGCCUUACCCAUGGGGUGAUGGAGAAAGAUCCGCUUUCUUCCAUCCGUACUACAAUUUCACCAAGAACGGUUAUGUCACCGACAAAGAAGGCAAUCCUUUGCCCAAAGGAGUUUACGCCGAAGAAUAAAUGUUAGUCGAAAACUUAUUCAUAAAGCUUAGCUGAUGUGUUACUAUGUAAAGAAGAAAUCGCUCUUGAAUUCGGUACUUUUACGAGUGCUUUCGUUAUGAAUAAUUAUAUUUAUAUUUAUAAAAGUACACAAAUUUCGUAAUA